AUGGUCAAAGUUAAGACAACGACGCCGAUUUCUUGCGGGAAUUGCACGACUGGUGGACUCUGGUCACCAUGGAAAAAUGGGCCAACGAAGUGUAUCACUGCUUAUACGUGGACAGAGAAAUCUGUGAUAACAAAAGGAAAAUGGAAACACACGAGGACAAAAGUUUUCAUUGAUUGCGGAAUGUACGGAAGACAGGUGCAGUACAGAACGUGUCUCUCGGCUCAACUUGGAUGUCCGUGCGUUGGAGACACGGUCCGUCAGAUUUCUUGUGGUCAAUCAAAAGUUUGCAGCAUUGGAACAUUGCCAGGAAUCGAUUGUGCUCCUGGAUAUAUCCAAAAUGGUUCCUAUUGUGUGGCAACAACCAUUCCACCGCCUGACUCGACUGUGACUCCGAAAAUCAACAAGCGUUGUGCACUAAAGCCAACUUGCAAAUGCCUAAAGGGUGGCUCGUGGAGUGACUGGGAAUGGCUCGACUCGGCACCAUGUCCAUCAAUUCCUACCUAUAUCGGCUAUCCAUACCGGAUGAUGCGUUGUAAUCCACAAAUGUGUCUCUUCCCGUUGUUCCGAUGUUGCAAUGAUGUGGAUCAAAUCAAGCAAAGGCUGAACUUUAAUGCGAAGCGAUACGAGUGUAUGCCGAAUCCUUUGAAUAAAUGGUCGCUCGCUACGAGAACGCCAGAUCCAUACAAAGGCAACAGUACAUGUUACAAUGAUCUCCAAAUCGGC